UAUACACACAGUAUUAACUUUGAAUUCAUAUCUACAAAAUAGACAAAACAUUUGAACAUGGCCGACAAAGGUGGAUUUGAUCCUUACGAGAAUCGAAAUGUGGCGCAGCCCAUAUCUGACUUUGGGGCAUUUUUUUCACUUCUCAAAUGCGUCGUGGGUACCGGAGUCUUGGCCAUUCCAUUGUCCUUUAAUUAUGCUGGCAUGAUCAAUGGCGUUGUGCUGCUAGUCUUGGUAUGCUUUAUGCUCAUCCACGGAAUGCAGAUGCUGAUUAUUUGCAUGGUGGAGUGCUCUCGUCGCAUGCAAAUUGGCUAUGCCACAUUUCCAGUCGCAAUGGAAUACUCAUUUAACCAGGGACCCAAGUUCUUUAGGUACAUUGCAAAGGCCGGAGGAUAUAUAGUCGAUGGAGUCUUGGCAUUCUCGCAAUUCGGAGUCUGUGUCGUGUACAAUGUCUUUGUGGCCGCAACCUUCAAGCAACUGAUCGAUUUUUACUGGGGAGAAGCAGACUUGAGAAUGUAUAUAGCCCUGGUCGCAGUCUGCCUAAUACCAACGUUCCAGAUACGCAAACUGAAGUACCUAGUACCUUUCAACAUCUUGGCCUCCAUUCUCAUCUAUAUUGGGUUCAUCAUGCUGAUGUACUAUCUGUUCGUCGAUUUGCCACCAUUAUCGGAACGCAACAUCGUCUUUGGUCACAUCGAAAAGUUGCCAUUAUUUUUUGGUAUAGCACUUUUCUCCAUAACAUCGGUGGGCGUGAUGCUGGCCAUAGAAGCAGAGAUGGCCAAGCCGCGCCACUACAUCGGUUGGUUUGGUGUUCUCGAUAGGGCCAUUUUGUUGGUUAUAAUUUCGUAUGUAAGUUUUGGUAUCAUGGGCUACUGGCGCUAUGGAGACGAACUUCAUGGCAGUAUUUCGCUCAACAUUCCCACAGACGAAGUACUUUCGCAAGUUGCCAAAACGUUCAUUGCCAUGGCCAUAUUCUUUACCUAUCCAUUGGCCGGCUUCGUGAUCAUUGACAUUAUAAUGAACCACUUUUGGAAUAAAAGCGGAGAGCUCAAAAACCCGGGUUUGAAGGAGGGUAUGGUUCGGCUAUGUACUCUGAUUCUUGUUGGCAUAACCGGGAUUAUUGCCCCGAAUCUGGGUCCUCUGCUGUCGCUGGUUGGAGCUCUUACCAUAUCGCUGUUGAACCUGGUAUUUCCCGCUCUCAUUGAGAUCUGUCUGUAUUAUCCGCCGGAAUAUAACUAUGGCAAGCUGAAAUGGAAGCUCGUGAAGGAUAUAUUUUAUGUGAUCGUUGGCAUUCUCAUCUUGGUGCAAGGCACCAUCUUCUCCAUCAAGGACAUGAUUUCGGAGUGGGGUGGUGAUGAUACCACAACUGCAGGGACUAAAACCACCAUGGAGGCCACCACCAUGGCUGCUGUCAAAACCACCGUUUUUAGACCCGCUGCUCCGGAAGCACCCGGUUAUAGAUUUUUCUAAGAAAAUUACGAUCGCAGAUGUUUGAAGAUCUGCGCACAUGUUGAAAUAUUUGCGAUCGUAAAUCCAAAAUCCGAAGUAGUAAGCACGA